UACUGAUCAGGGGAAGUAACUGCUGCGGGAAGUUUAGCCGGCGAGUAGUAUCGAUUCGCCACAUUAACGAUUCGCAAUUUAACGAUUCGCCACAGUGAAAUAGCGAUUCGCCACAGUAUACAAUAAUUUUAGUUUGACUGAUAGUUUCAAGUGUCACAGCUAAAAUGGCAGCUACAUCAAGACCAUAUAAAGUAUGGAGUGCAGAUAGAAAGAAGAAGAAAUCAGUAAUUGCUUCCUCCUUAGAAGAACUUACUAGAAAAGGUAAGGAAAAGCUUGAUGUAGAGGGCAGUAAGAAAGUAAAGAUUGUGUUUGAAGGGGAUGGCACAGAAGUUGAUGAGGAAGAGUACUUCCAGUUUCUUCCGUUUAACACCACUCUAAUGCUGCUUCAACCGGGGGAAUGUUGGAAGGAUAAAUGUGAAGUUGAAGGUAAAGAUGAAAUAGAUUAUAUGAUGCCAGAUGGGAAUGUGGUCAGUGACAGAAUUAAACAGUUAGCUUCAGGAUUGAGGAGGGAGAUAACAAGACUUAUAACAUUCUCAAAUGAAGAUUUACAGGAAAUGUCUAAUAUGAGUACAUCUAAUCUUGCCCAGUUGCUAGGUGAGACAGAAAUAUAUGCCAAAUCUGUGCAGGAGGCAUGCCAGAGACACAUUGAUGACCGACAACAAACAUCAGAGGCCUUGGAUCUUCUUAAAUUAUACCAUAAAGCUCGUGAACACAGUCCAUAUCUUGAAGGGGAAGACACAAGUAAACGACAGAAAUUUGCUCACACUUAAUUAACACAAUAAGGCAACAGACAAAAAUUUACCCAUUGAAAGAUAUAACAACAGUUAUAUGAUAUAUUGAAAUAUGUAAUAUUUAAAUAUAUAACCAGAUAAAUAAAAUGCAACAUUUUAGCCUAUCUGAGCACAGAUAAAUAAAAUGCAACAUUUUAGCCUACCUGAGCACAGAUGUUAGCAUAUAGCAAUUCACCCGUGUGUGUGGAUGUGUGUGUGCGUUUGUGCGUGUGUUUUCUAAAGAUUAUAUAGUGAACUUAAAAUCUUCUCCAAAUUGAACCAAACUUGGCAGGAUUGUUUCACGGGUAAAGGGGUCCUAAGGUUGUUCAAAGAAUUUGAUUUCAUACAGGAAUCUGGUUGCCAUGGCAACCAAAAGAAAUUAUAAGAACAAUUUAAAAAAAUCUUUUUGUAAAGACCCACAAGACCUUGAGCUUACAUAUUUAGCACAAGGCAUUGUCUAUUGGCUUAAUGGAAAAAGGCUAGAGGUUAGAUAUUUUGCAUGAAACAUUGUGUAGUGGACCUCUAUCAAGAUUGUCAAAUUAUAGCCCUUGGUACAGAAUUGGCCCUGCCCCAGGGGUCAUUGAUUUUCAUUAUGUACAAAUGUACAUACAUGUAUAGUAAGGACAGAAACUAAAACAAAUGUUUUCAACUUUUCUGUAUCAAGAUUUCUUGAAUUAAACUCUUGGGAUAAAAUUUUUCCCUGCCCAAGGGAAAAGUGACCUUUGAUGUACAGCUACGAAAUUUGGACCAUGUCAUGUGCACUGUUUUAGAUGUAAAAUUGAACUUUGAUAUUAGCUUACCAAAAUUAUGAUAAAGUGACAAAGUGACCGCCUUUACUUUUACAUACAGCGAUGACAUCGUGACCAUGUUCACAAUUUUAGGUUUAGAACUGAAAUUUGUUAUCAAAUGACCAAGAUAUUGACCUAGUGACCUACUUUUUUGUUUUUGAUGCACAGCUAUGAAAUUAGGAAAUGUAUAAUUGAAAAUAUAUUUUGUAUGAAAUAUGUUCUAGUGACCAACAUCAUUCACAUUCUUGUAUUUCAUUACUUUCACUCGAAUAACAGUCUGUCCUCAGGUGAGCACUUUGAUGUGACAUGACUUGUUGCAAUAUUAUAGCUUUGUGGUCAAAAUUGGCCCUGCCCGAAGAUAUUAUUGGUUUUCUUCAAAUCUUAGUUGAAUAAUGAAAGGAAACAACUCAUAUUGGAAUGUCUUUUAUACGUGUGUACAUGUUAUGCAAUUUUUAUUGAAAAGGAUUCAAUAGCUGGGAGUUAAUGUAAAAGUUAUGACCUCUAGCAAAAGAAAUGUUUGCUUUUUACAGAUUUUUAUGAAAUGAUUGAGGUCAUGACCUCUAGCAAUUUGCUGGGUAUUUAUGAAAUGGUUUGAGCAUUAAGAUUCACAACAUAUUAUAUAUAUAAUGAUGAUUUUAAAUCGUAAAUGUUUUUUAUGUUUGCAGAAAUAGGUAGAUCUAAUGCUUAAUUGAAAAAACAAACAAUAAAAAUUGUAACUAUGCAAUACAGAAAAUACCUAAAUUUUUGUCAAGUACAAAUACUUUUAUUUUGAAUCAAUUAUUGCACUAUGGCCUUUGUAUCUGAACAUUAGACAUAUCUGUACCUUGUCUUUCAUAUGACCUUGACCAGCAAAUUCACUAGACUCAACUGCAUUAUGACAAAGUUCAAUUGUAUAGAAACAAACAAAAAAAUAUUCUGUUCCUACACUACUAUUUAGUAUUGUAUAAAUGCGGUGGCAUAGCAUUUGUCACAAAUGCAAUCUUGUUUCUCUUUGAUACUGAUGAUAUCUACUUUGGAAUAAGACAAUUGUUUCCUGUUUCCAUUCACAUCGUGUAUGACAAGGUUCAUAAUUAUUGUAUCAUUUUCAAAAAUAAGCUUGUCUUUGUACCUUCCUUUAAAAAUGUUACUUUUGACUCUUACCAUCUUUGUUGCUAUAGGGAUUUAUUUCAGAUUGUUAUUUUUAGCUCACCUGUCACAAAGUGACAGGGUGAGCUUUUGUUAUCGCUUUUCGUCCGGCGUCCAUCCGUCGUCUGUCCGUCCGUCCGUAAACUUUUGCUUUAAAUGACAUCUCCUCAUAAACCACUGAGCCAAUUUCAUCCAAACUUCACAGGAAUGUUCAUUUGGUGGUCACCUUUAAAAAUUGUUCAAAGAAUUUAAUUCCAUGCAGAACUCUGGUUGCCAUGGCAACCGAAAGAAAAAUCUUUAAAUAUCUUCUUUUAAACAACCCUAAGAGCUAGAGCUUAGAUAUUUGGCAUGAAACAUCUUCUAGUGAGUGUCUACCAAGUUUGUUCAAAUAAAAGCCCGGGGGUCAAAACUGGCCCUGCCCCAGGGGUGUCAUUGUUUUUAACUAUAUGUGUAUAGUAGAAACUUAAAAAAUCUUCUUUUAAAAAACCCAAUGAGCUAGAACUUAGAUGUUUAGCAUGAAACAUCUUCUUAUGGGUGUCUACCAAGUCUGUUCAAAUAAACAAAUAAAAGCCCUUGGGUAAAAAUUGGCCCUGGGGGGGGGGGCUAUAUACAGGUGAGCGACCUCAGGGCCAUCAUGGCCCUCUUGUUCUAUUGUAACAUAGAUAUUUUUGUCGAUAUUUUCUGUUUAGUUUCAAUUAUAUUGUCACAUGCCUGUUAUGUAUUUUGAAAAAAAUUGGACAUUUGAGUUUCAAAAAGUGAUAUUUUAUUGAUUCAAAAAUAUGUUGAUAUUAUAACUAAUUUUUUA